AGCUUUCGUUUCGCCGUGAAUGGCAACAAGAUGUAGCAUCAAGCAAAACACGUUCCAAUUGGAACUGUUUGGCUUAGUCGUAUAGGAAUCGUACAAAUAGCAGAAGUGAGAAAAAUCAAUUUGCCGAUCCUUGUCAAUCCCAAUUGAAUUCAAAACUCAGCCUAGAUAUGUUGCAUCUGGGCAAGCAAUUGGCUAGCAAGGCGCCAAAGCCCAAUUUAACCGCUGCAGCCAGUUUGUCUGGAGGCAAAGUCCAAAGUACCACGCAAAGCACAACAUCGAUUAGAAAUCUUAAUCAACAUAACAGCAACAACAAUAGUAACAAACUCGUUAACUACAAUCUUUGCCAUAAGCGAUUGUCCAGUGGCAGUGCCAGUCAAAGUUCGAGCGUUAGCAGCAUGAAGCGUUUAGCAGGCAAAGUUGCGGUGGUUACCGCCUCCACAGAUGGCAUUGGCUUUGCGAUUGCCAAGCGUUUGGCUGAGGAUGGUGCCGCCGUCGUGAUCAGCAGUCGAAAGCAGAAGAAUGUGGACAAUGCGCUGGCCGAGCUGCGAAAACUGAAUCUUAACGUGCAUGGCCUUAAGUGCCACGUGAGCGAGCCGCAAGAUCGUAAGCAGCUCUUCGAGGAAACCAUCAGCAAAUAUGGCAAGCUCAAUAUAUUGGUUAGUAAUGCCGCUACCAAUCCUGCCGUAGGCGGUGUUCUAGAAUGUGAUGAGAAGGUGUGGGAUAAGAUCUUCGAUGUAAAUGUAAAGAGCUCUUAUCUAUUGGCCAAAGAAGCCCUGCCAUAUCUACGCCAGGAGAAGGGCUCUAGCAUAGUGUUUGUCUCGUCCAUUGCUGGCUACGAUGCAUUUGAGCUGCUGGGCGCAUACUCCGUUAGCAAGACCGCGCUGAUUGGACUGACCAAGGCAGCGGCCAAGGACUUGGCGCCUGAGGGCAUACGCGUGAACUGCCUGGCACCUGGUAUCAUCCGUACAAAAUUCUCCAAGGCGCUGUACGAGAACGAGUCUGCCAAUGAGGCGGCGCUUAGCAAAAUACCCAUGGGUCGUUUGGGCACAAGUGAGGAAAUGGCUGGCGUUGUAUCUUUCCUUGUAUCGGAGGAUGCUGGCUAUAUAACAGGCGAGUCUGUAGUUGCCUCGGGGGGUAUGAACGCUCGACUUUAGAGUGAUGCAUGUACAUAUACUUA